AUGCAGAAGCAUUUGGGACGAGGAGUACUUGUGUUCCUUCUUGUGAUCACGUGUGUGGCUGCAGGAAGCGAGGGAAGAAGCAUUUUGGUUGGUGACUCUCAAGGUUGGCGUGCGGGCACUAACUACACUCAAUGGGCUAUCCAAAAUAGUCCCUUCCACAUAAAUGACACACUUGUGUUCAAGUAUCCGCCACCAGGAAAUUCAACUGUUGCUCAGAGUGUUUACUUACUACCAAACCUCUGGAGUUACAUAACCUGCGAAUUCAGAGGGGCAAAGCUAUUGGGGAGUGCAAAUGAAGGGGCUGGUGAGGGCUUUACGGUUGAUCUCAAUCAAUGGAGGCCUUACUAUUUUGCCUCUGCAGAGGGAAACGCCUAUGAUUGCAUUGCUGGCCUCACCAAGUUCAUCGCUGUUCCAUCUACACGCUCCCUCUCCUUCACGCAUCACCCAAAUUAA